AUGAAGAACUCGCUGUACGACCGCAUCUGGCGGCGGGAAUCGGGAUACGCGUCGCAUUAUUCCAGUAUUCGCAGCAUCUAUGGUUCUAAGGAAUGGGUCGACGACCUGGACAUCGUGAACGAGCUGGGCGGCCACACGGGCUGUGUCAAUGCUUUAUCAUGGUCGCGAUCGGGCCAGUUUCUCGCCUCGGGCUCGGAUGAUCUUCACCUGAAUAUUUACUCCUACCAGCCCGAGUCCACCAGCGCGCCCUUCUCGCUGAGCACCACCGUGUCCACGGGCCACAGGGCGAACAUCUUCUCCGUCAAGUUCAUGCCUCACUCCAAUGACCGCACCCUGGUAACCUGCGCAGGCGACCAUCAGGUUCGCGUCUUUGACCUGGAGUACUCUAGCAACAACAGAUCCGCCGACGACUCGUCUGCGUUCACCUCGUCGGCCCGAAGCCGCCGGUUCAAUAACUUCUUCACCAACACCCGUUAUCUGAACGAGGGGAACACUAACGCGCGCAUCUACCGCAGCCACGCGGACCGGGUCAAGCGCAUUGUCACCGAAUCGUCUCCGUACCUGUUUCUCACAUGUUCCGAAGAUGGUGAGGUGCGCCAAUGGGACCUGCGACAGCCUUCCUCCGCCUACCCGAAACCACGGGGCGGCCAAGGCCCCAUGGCCUAUCGACCGGGGGUGGUGCAUGACGAUUCGAACACGCCGCCCCCGUUGAUCUCGUACAAGCGGCAUCAACUCGACCUGAACACUAUAUCGUGUUCGCCGACCCAGCCGCACUACAUCGCCCUCGGCGGUGCCCAUCUCCAUUGCUUCCUCCACGACCGGCGCAUGCUCGGGCGCGACCGGCAGACCGAAGCUGGAGAUCCCGGUAUUUCCUCGACAAAUGGCAGCCCCCGUGACGAUGAACUGAUGGGCCAGGCGACCAGAUGUGUUCGAAAGUUCGCCCCGGAUGGCAAGCGUCGCAUGAGUCCUCGCACUGGCGGAGACAUCACCGCCUGUAAAAUCAGCGAUGCCAACCCCAAUGAGAUGGUCGUCAGCUGGUCUGGAGGCCAUAUUUACAGCUUUGAUCUGGUUCGUAGCCCCGAUGCUGCGGAAUCCGAGUCCAUGCGCCAAAAGACAAUCCACGAAUCGUCCGAUUCCAGUCGACGACAAAGCUCCAAGAACAGAAAGCGUAAGCGGCAAGCCAGAUCCUCGCUGCCAUCGCAUGCGAGUGGCAGCUGGCCCCGAGCCCGUCCUCGCGUAGACUACAGCGGCAAUGAUGAGGAUGAUGAGACCGAUCACGACGACGGCGAACUAGCCUUUCGGGUCCGCUACGGGAAUGGGGAGUCGGAAGAUAUUGCGCUCCCUAAUUUGUCGGACCCUUUGUCGGCGCCACCGGAUUUAAUCGAACAGGCGAGGUACUCGGUAUUGAACGAUGCGCAGCGACUCAGCAUGCGUAUUGCAAAAGGUCUCGUGAAGCUUCGCAAGGCUCUUUUCUCACUCGGCGACUCCAUGGGCGAAGACAGCGUGCCCUUAACCGCACCCGAUUUGACCCCGUACACCGAAUCUUUCUCCGAUGCUCUGGCACAGGCCUCCACGUACCUGCCGCAGAUGGACGAGGUCAUGCGCACGUGGAGAUACCCUCUCAACCCUAGCCCAGAGGUGGUGAGUAUGCAGCAAGCCCUGCGUCGGAAUCGCGAGACGGUCUGGAGAUUCGUCCAAGCCGCCGGAACGUUAGCGCGGGUUCUGGGAGGCGGGGUGCAGGAUCAUCCCGAAAACCAAGAACCCGCGAUGGAACUUUUCCAACAGGUUAUGUUAGCACCGGGGGAGUACAAUGCCCUCGACAGAUCAUCCCAGUUUUGUUACGACUUUAUCAAGGCCGUCCUGUUGUGGGUGGAAGGGGGCCGUGAGGCUUUGCUUGCGGGCUUCAAGCGGGACUCCGCCAAUCGACGGAAUAAGGCACGAUUUCCCCUCUCUGAAACUGCGGACGACAAGGCCAUCGAGACUGAACUGUUUCCCUACUUGCAAGGGCUUGCGAGCGACACUCCUGUGGUGAACGUCGAUGCAUCGAGAUUCGAACACGACCGAAGUCGUUUUAUUAGUCCGACACAACACGACAUACUGGCCGCUUUCCGAAAUACACUCCACCGGCGGAAUAUGACCUCGGAGAACAUAGAAUCCGAGAACGAGAACGACGACUCCCCUCAUGCUCAGAAUACAAACCGGUCGGUGGAGAGGGGCUUUUGGGCCUUCAAAGUCUGUCGAGGAAUCCUGAUGGAGGCUGGGUCUGGCGUGAACUACGAGUUUGUCAACCGAGCUUUUGGCGGUGUACGGACGACACUUGAAGAUGAGGCCGGAAACGAUGGAGAGGUUGAGAGAAGCCAGGAAGAUAUCGAUCCUAACGUCGAAGAGCAACCAAUUCGCGAUGUGAAUCUCACACGGAUCCCCGAUCGAAGCGGAGCCUUCUUUGAACGAGAGAACCAUGACGAGGACGACAAUACCGAGGACGAGGAUGAGGAUGAUGAGGACGGAGACGACGAUGAAGAUGAUGGGCUGGACGAUUUUGGAGUAACGUCAGGCAGCUCUCCGCGCGACAGCGACGAAGAGUUGGAAGCGGAGGAAGCGGAGGAUCAAAUGCUCCGAGGUUACGGCAUCCGACGAACGAGAAGAGAGGGUGUCGGCCUCGAUGUUCCAUGCUCGCCGCAUACGAGGGUCUAUCAAGGACAUUGCAACGUCAAAACGGUCAAAGACGUGAACUAUUUCGGGCUCGAUGACGAGUACGUCGUGAGCGGCAGCGACUCUGGGCACGUGUUUAUCUGGGACCGCAAAUCUUCCAAAUUGGUCAAUAUUCUCGAAGGUGACAGUGAAGUUGUCAAUGUGGUGCAAGGGCAUCCAUAUGAACCAACGAUUGCAGCAUCGGGCAUCGACAACACCAUCAAAAUAUUCUCGACCGACCGGCGUGCGCAGGAAGAUGCCCGUCGUGGCAUUAACAUCCUGGAUCCUGACAAUGACGCCAACACUUUGGGCUCGAAUGUUUCGGGGAUUGGUGGUCUUCGAAGCUGCAAGCGUAUUCACGACAGCUAUCGGAUCAUGAGCCAGAAUGAUGUCAACCGGCAAGGUGGGAUGGGUGAAGCAUACAUCACUCGCGAGAUGUUGUCGCGACUAGCUGUCAAUCUGCGGCGUCAGCAGAACGCCGGAGGGGUUGAAAACGCUAGUUUCGUCCUGGAAGAUAACUGCAACGUAACCUCCAGAAUGCAGGACCUUCUCCAGGGGCGCUGCGAAACCACCGCCAGACUCUACGCAGACCCCCACAAUCCGCACCUUCACUACGAAAGAGGGUUAAUUCACGAGCGAUUGGGGUUCACUGAUCUCGCCUCUGCCGAUGCCUACCGGGCCCUGUCAUUACUAGAGUCGGUGGUUGACCCUGAUGGGUGUGAAUUCCACGCCAGGAAGAAGGUUGAUCCAACCGAGACGAAGGCGGAGCAGGAAGAAAACGCCAAUGAUGACGAGGACGACCAGGACGAAGAUGAAGACGGUGUCCCUAUAACUCAAGACGAGUACGAUACCAUAAUUGGAGGUGUAUAUACAUUGCUGGUUCGGAGCUUGGUCAGUUGUGGGUGUUUUCGCGAUGCGUACGAGUUCUGCGGGAGGGGUCUCGCCUUGCUCGGGAAUGCCUCUGAGGGUUCGCAUAAUGCUGAGGACGUGAAGGCGCUUCGAGGGCAGAUGGAUAUCAUCAAGAAGGUGUUUGUUUCUCGACGGCCUCAAUCCGAGUCCACCGGCGAGGUGCAGGUAGACCCGAGUGCCUUGAAUGCCCAGGGCCGAGCCCGCAGGGUUCUAUAUCCAUGGAACGAGCACGAGCCGGAUCGAAAGGCACCCGAGACCCUGCAACUGCUGAACGAACGAUUGAAGGAUGUCGCGCCGAAAUGUGAGGUGAGAGCCGUGGCUCUGCCCCUGCUACACGGCACCACGGAGGGAGAGGGCGCGCCUAAACCCGACGAGGAGGUCUACCACGGCGCCGUCUGCGGCCUCAUGGACGGCCUCGAGUCCAUCGGCAAGGACAUCCCCGACCCCAAGGACAAGGCCGACUACCUGUAUCUCCUGCUAGUAGGCCGCGCCAUCGCCAUGGCCGCCACCCAGGACGUGCACCCACUCGACCUCCCCGAGAUCAAAUACAUCUGGGGCGACUUCCACGACCUGGACCUCUCCUCCUCCUCCUCCUCCCCCGCCGACGACGACGAAACCGCCACCCUCCCCUUCUCCUUCCACCUCAACGUCCUCCAACCCAUGCGCAUCCUCGAGGAAAUGGAACUCGACCCCUACCUCACGCUCCCGCGCUACGACACCUGGGUCCUCAACACCCUGUACGCCAAGUUCCGCGGCACCGCCUCCGGCCGCCUCUCGACGUGGGACGGCGGCCCCGAGCUCUGCGCCGUGCACCCGCUCUGGUGUCUGGCGAACCACUCGUGCGACCCGAACGUGCGCUGGGAGUGGGGCGGCGAGAUCACCUUCCGCGCGCGCUCCAGCGACGAGCGGCCCGUGUGGACGCGCAAGACCGCAGACGGCCUGCUCGAGGAGAUGCCGAAGACCGCUGCCGCCGCGCAGGGCAUCCGCGCUGACCAGGAGAUCUGGAACCAUUAUUGUGAUAUCGGGCUGGAUGUCAAGGAGAGGAGGGAGUGGGCGAGAGGUGCCCUGGGUGGGUUGUGUCAGUGCGAGAGGUGUGUUUGGGAGGCUGGGGAGCAGUAG